ACAACCUACGAUUUGCCAGUUUGCCGGCGAAGACGCAAGCAGGAUAGACUUCGCUCCGUCCAAAUAAUUUAAAUCAGAAAUAAGUGUGAUUCCACCCUACCUAGGGUAAAACGUAAAGAUAUUUAGGAAAAGGAUAAAACUUAUUUUAAUCAUGAGCGCUUUUGCAGCAGCUCUUGGUCUUCUCCUGAUCAUCUCCUCUGCACAAUCAGAGGAGGCUCCAAAGGGACCUAAAGUAACUCACAAGGUCAGUUUUGUAAUGAAAAUGGGUGAUGAAGACAUUGGUACCAUUGUCAUCGGAUUAUUCGGAAAGACUGUCCCUAAGACAGCUGAGAACUUCUUCCAGUUGGCACAGAAGCCAGAGGGUGAAGGUUACAAAGGCAGCAAGUUCCACAGAGUCAUCGAUAACUUCAUGAUCCAAGGAGGUGACUUUACUAAAGGCGACGGAACUGGCGGACGCAGCAUCUAUGGCGAAAGAUUCGAAGACGAGAACUUCAAGCUCCGCCAUUACGGCGCUGGUUGGUUGUCGAUGGCCAAUGCUGGUAAAGACACCAAUGGCUCCCAGUUCUUCAUCACCACCACCAAGACUCCCUGGCUGGAUGGCAGACACGUAGUCUUCGGAAAAAUCUUGGAAGGCAUGGAUGUUGUUCGUAAGAUUGAGAAGACUGUGACAGCAGCCAAUGACCGCCCCGUUAAAGAUGUAGUUAUUGUAGACACCAAGACAGAAGUAGUGGCAGAACCUUUCAGUGUCACUAAGGAGAGUGCUGUAUAAAUAAAAUAUUAUGCACACAAUAUUUACUUUGUAAGACAUUAAUCGUCACAAAGUAUACUAAAGUUAAAAUAAAAACAUGGUAUUAAUUUGUGCCACAUUUUCGUUGUCAUAAUGGUGGACAUUGAGAUUUUAUUAAUUUAGUUCACAAUAGUUAUACAAUAUUACAAUAAGGAAAACAUGCCAACUCUAUUUUUCUUAAAUAAAACAUUGUCUAAAGAA